UAUUUUGCCGUCUAAACUAAAAUUAGAUACGUAUAAAGUCUUACUUGUAAAAGGAAUCAAAAAUAAAAAUUAUUCGCUUAUAGAUAGAAGAUAUACUACUCCCGGAGGAUAUGUUGAUCCAGAGGAACAGUUUGAAGAUGCAGCAAAAAGAGAAUUGAUUGAAGAGGGUUUAAAUCAUAAAAAAGAGGAAAAAAAGAAAGCUGAUCAAUUGAAAGGACACGUGGGAGCUGAAGUUGACGACGAAAAAAUGCUGAAAGAUUUUAUGGGAAAGGGAGAAAUAGUAUAUUAUGGCUAUAACGAUGCGAAAGGGGUAAUAAAAUUUUUAACUAAAAUUUUUUUCUCAAGUUAAAUAUACCCAUAUUUGAUUACGAAUUUACAUUCAAUUAAAUUUACAAAAAUUUAAUAUUUUACAGAAUAACACAGACAAUGCAUGGAACGAAUCUAUAACAUACGCUUUUGAAAUUAAGCCUAAAGAUUUAGAACAUUUCGGAGCAGAAAAUGGAAGUGAUGCAGUAAAAGCAAUGUGGAUGACAAUAGAAAUUGAUGAAGAUUCAGCUGAAGUAAAGUCCCUUCUAAUCAAGAACAAAGGGGAAUCAGAAGUUGAGAAGGAGGAUCAAACAGUUGAAGAUAUGCAAAUAGAUGAGUCAGUUGAGGGUAAGUCGACAGUUGAUGAGAAAGAGUCGGAAUUUGAAAAAGAAAAGAAGUUUGAAAAGUUUGAACUUCUUGGCAAGAAAAUAAAAACUAUAUUCAGUAUGGAGGAAAAAAUAGAUUUUGUUCUUAAAACGUUCAAGACAUGUUGGGUUGAAAAAGUAAAGGGGGAAACUGAAGAAGUGAAAACUGAAACUGAAAAAGAGUGCUUGAAACUGAAUGAUAAAAAUAUGAUAAACAUGGAAAAUAUUGCUCGAUUUUUACUCGUUAAAAUAUACAAGGAAGUCUCCUUCGUGGAUUAUCUCACAAAACAACAUUCGAAUCAAGGAAAAUAUCAAGUUAAAAAAAGAAAGGCAUCCACUUCGCUUACAGGAAGUAAGUGUAUUUUCUAUAAAAAAAUUAUUUAUAAAUAGCAGAAAAACGCCCGCAUGAAGGAGAAGGAGGAGCGCAUCAGGAUAAAAAAGGAGGUCAUCAAGUAGGAGGAGAUCAUCAUGGAAAAGGAGGUCAGCAAGGAGGAGAUCAUCAUGGAAGAGGUCAGCAACGAGGAGGAGAUCAUGGAGAAGCAAGUCACCAAGAAGGAGGAGGAAAAGGAGCGCAUCAAGGUAAAGAGGUCCACCAAGGAGGAGGAGAAGUUCAUCAUGAAGUAGAAGGUCACCAAGGAGGAGAACAUAAAAGUUUAGUAAGAAUGAGUC